UGAGCUACGGGGGUUUCCUUGUCUUUGACUGGAGACCAACUAGCAGAGAGGAGGAUGAUAACAGCAUCCCUUUGCUGUUAUUCAGCAAUCACACAUCUCAAUGAACUGCUCGCACAGAAACCACUGAUCGUGCCUACUGCUGCUUGCAGGGCAGAGAUACUGAUCAGUGUCUAAAGACUGCAUCCCCCCUUUUUUUUUUCUUAUGAAAUUAUUUUUUCAUAGACUCUUUUUUUUUAUUUCGAGGUCUCUGUAGCCUAUCUUUCCACCAUGGUGCUAGGAAAGGUAAAGAGCUUCACAGUAAGCUACGACUGUCUCAAUGACAGCAAUGUCCCCGUCUUCUCCAGCGGGGACUGCGUCUCAGGGAGGGUGAUCAUCGAAGUCACCGGAGAAAUCCGCGUCAAAUCUCUCAAAAUCCACGCGAAAGGAUUUGCUAAAGUUCGGUGGACCGAAUCGAGAAAUGCUGGAUCCAACACCGCCUACACGCAAAACUACACAGAAGAAGUGGAAUAUCUGAAUCACAAAGAUAUCUUGAUUGGGCACGAGAGAGACGAUGACAACUCGGAGGAAGGACUCACCACUAUCCAUUCAGGAAGACAUGAGUAUGCAUUCAGCUUCGAGCUUCCACAGAUACCUCUGGCUACCUCUUUUGAAGGGAAACAUGGCAGUGUGCGCUAUUGGGUAAAGGCAGAACUCCACAGGCCAUGGCUCCUGCCCAUGAAGACCAAGAAGGAAUUUACAGUCUUUGAGCACAUUGACAUCAACACUCCAUUAUUGCUGUCACCACAGGCCGGCACGAAAGACAAGACGCUUUGCUGUUGGUUCUGUACCUCAGGUCCUAUUUCCCUAAGUGCCAAAAUUGAAAGGAAGGGAUACACCCCAGGAGAGUCGAUCCAGAUCUUUGCCGAGAUUGAGAACUGCUCUUCCCGCAUGGUGGUGCCAAAGGCGGCCAUCUACCAGACCCAGACCUUCUAUGCCAAAGGGAAGAUGAAGGAGGUCAAGCAGCUGGUGGCCAACCUGCGGGGGGAGUCUCUGUCCUCGGGCAAAACAGAGACCUGGAGUGGCAAGAUGCUGAAGAUCCCACCUGUCUCGCCCUCCAUCCUGGACUGCAACAUUAUCCGAGUGGAGUACUCCCUCAUGGUUUACGUGGACAUACCUGGGGCGAUAAACCUGUCCCUGAACCUGCCCCUGGUCAUCGGAACCAUCCCUCUCCACUCCUUCGGCUCCCGUACCUCAAGCGUCAGCAGCCAGUGCAGCAUGAGCUGGCUGGGCAUGGGUCUGCCUGAGAGGCCUGAAGCUCCACCAAGCUAUGCAGAAAUUGUGACGGAAGAGCAGAGGCAGAGCAGUCUGGAUGUCCCAGCAGCCCGCCAGGAGCUGGACGGCCCUCUCUUCGCCUACAUUCACGAGUUCCGCUUCCAGCCUCCUCCUCUGUACUCCGAGAUCGAUCCUAACCCAGAACAUGCCAGACGUACCGAGGAGCGCCGGCUCGACGCCUGUCCAUCGCGCUGAAGAGUUUCCCCGAAAUUCCCCCCCCUCACCGACUCGGGGGAUCUCUAAAGAAACCUUCUCGCGAAGGCUCUGCUUUGUUUCUUUUUCUCCGACAACUAUGUUCGCGGAACACUGUCGACAUCGAGAGGAAAAACAAAGUAUCCAACCAACCAACCAACCGACAAAGACUUGGACGCACACACACCCACAGUUGGGUUGGGUUGGACAAACCUGUUCCUGCCUUCCCUCAGCGAAAGAAACAGGAGUCACUAGUUUGGUGCAUCGCUUCCUUCCUGUGUCGGGCCGGCUGAGCGUGGGAUUCAUACAGACGAACACAUAUUCAGUCUGUAUGAAACCACCCCCCCCCCUCCCCCCCCUACUGGUAGUAUUGACAAUGACGAUAAAGAAUCAGCCCGGCUCGGCCCCGCCAUGCUCCUCCUUUUUAACCUCGAUUCUUCUUGAUUCUUCUGUACUCAUGGCACAUAAGGACAUGGCUCCUCCCACAAAUGGCAGAACUAAUCAUGUCCCGACUUCAGCAGAAUCACUGAAAGAGAGAGAAGAAAAAAAAAAACGGGACGAAGACAGGAAAAUGACAACGCCGUUCUAACCACCAUAGUCUGUCUGCCUGUAUGAAUGAAUGAAUGAAAGCAUUCAGCGGCAGCAGUCAACGGAGCAAAAACACUAGAUCCUCCUGCCUCAUUUUGGAUUUUUGUUUUGCACAUUUUAUUCUUUACCUGAGUUGUGUGGCUCUGUUUAGUGAGAAUUGAGAAAAGAAAAAAAAAAAAAAAAAAAAAGAAGAAAAAAAACAAACAUCAUUAAUAGUUUGGUUCCAGUCUUGUAAUGCGCCAGACUAAGAAUAUGAGUAGGCUUGAGUUUUACGCCUUUUCAUCUGCAUAACUUUGAGCAACGCUGAGAACAGGAUUUGAUUUUUGGAGAAAAAAAAGAAAGAAGAUUGACAAAAAGGACAAGAACAAUGCACUGAGUUUGUGUGAGACUUUUCUUUUUCCUCCUUAUUAUUUUCCUUGGUGAAUUAUAACGACUAGACUGGACUUUUACAACAACUGCAGCACACUAUCUCCAUCUGGAAGCUCUUUAAGAUGUUGCCUCCUCAGCUUGGAUCCAAGUGUGGCUGUGGCUUCCCUCCUCUUUUAGUUUAGUUGUGUUAUUCUGUUUCUGUGUUUAGCUCCAAUCAUAGAAUAGCUUGUAGCUUUUUUGUUGUUGUUGAGAUUGCGCUGGAUUUGGACUAGGAGGGUUGCAGACCUGCAUUUGCCACUCAAUUUGUGUGUGUGUGUGUGUGUGUGUGUGUGUGUGUGUGUGUGUGUGUGUGUGUGUGUGUGUGUGUGUGUGUGUGUGUGUGUGUGUGUGUGUGUGUGUGUGUGUGUGUGUGUGUGUGUGUGUGUGUGUGUGUGUGUGUGUGUGUGUGUGUGUGUGUGUGUGUGUGUGUGUGUGUGUGUGUGUGUGUGUGUGUGUGUGUGUGGUACAUUGUGGAGGGACUCUCCUCACCUUAAUUACCUGCAGCCCCUCUAUUCCCAAUCUCAGGGCAAGCCAGGCUUGCAUAACUGCCCAAAAAGCACUGUCUCAGGUGGUCGUCUCACUUGCCAAACGCUUGGAGAGAAAAAAAAAUUAAAAGAGAAAAAAAUGUUAUAGGCUUUCUUUUAAAUUGCACUUUUAAAAAUAUUUUUUUUUUCUUUUUCUUUUUUUUUUUUACUACCAUAAUGAGAGAAUAGACCUGCAGAGAAGCAAGGCAGCUUUCUGAGAUGAAUCACAUUCCCUUUCUGUCCUGCUGCACUUGCCCAGUUCAUCCAACCAACAGUUAGAUUGUCUUUACCAGACCAGUGAAGCCAGAAUGCUAGCUAUAAAAAAAAAAAAAAACAAGGAAAAA